AUGUCCUUAAUAUCUUCCAUCCAUGACAAGCUCUUGAAGCCCACUUCUUUCUUCGGCGUUAAAUUAUGGGUUGCAAUUGUAAUCUGCAUCGCUACAGGCUUCGUUUUAGCUUUAUCCAUCACCAUAUGCUGCUUCUCAAUCUCCCAACGCCGCCGCCCCCGCCGUGAUCAGUACCCCAGCUUCUCAACUAAACACGUGAUCACCUCCAAGAAGAACUCAUCGGUGUCUCCGGGAAUGAUGAACAAGCGCCUCCUGUCGCGUAAUGGUUGGGACAUCGAGAUGUGCAUUGAUACGAAACCGGGAAAACAGGUGGCGCAUUACGACCCACGCGCCGCCGUGGCACUCCCGGUUCGUCAUCAGCGAACCCCGUCAUCAUUUGGUAAAGUAUAUAGUCUGCAUGAGAUGGAAGUAGCCACUAAUUGGUUUGGAGAUGACUGCGUAAUGGGAAGUGGGGAUUAUGGAGUUGUUUAUCGGGGAUACCUGUUUGAUCAUACCCGGGUAGCUAUCAAGAAAUUACUAGCUAAUAGUGCCAGAACGAAGGAUUUGGCGGCGGAAGUGGAGUUAUUGUGGUGUAUGAGACACAAGAACGUGGUGAAAUUGCUUGGAUAUUGUACAGAGGGAAUGUUCAGUUUGCUGGUUUCCGAGUACGUGGACAAUGGGAAUCUCAAAGAGUGGCUGCAUGAGAAAAUGUGCAAACUUAGUCCUCUCACAUGGAAAAUCCGGAUGGGCAUCAUUCAAGGAAUUGCUAAAGGGUGUGAUGGCACUCUCUGCCAUUAUUAUGAAUUUAUCAAAGAAUUGGAUUUGUUUUGUUCGUUGUGGAUAACUCCUUUAUUAUGA